GAUUCACAGAAAGUGUUGAAUUUGUUAAAUGAGAGACAGCUGAUGCCCCCUGAUGGUAUCGAGACAGCAAAGCCUACCCUUCCACCACAAUUUAAGAAUGUUUAUUGUGACCCAGAUGUAUUUAGAUGUACCUUGAAUGCUGUACCGAAAACAUCUUCAUUACUUGGUAAAUCCAAAUUGCCUCUAGGAGUUCUGAUUCAUCCUUUUAGAGAUUUGUCGAAUUUGCCUGUCAUCCAGUCCAGUGUGAUUGUCAGAUGUCGAGCCUGUAGGUCGUACAUUAAUCCUUAUGUGACAUUUAUUGAUCAGAGAAAGUGGAAAUGCAACUUAUGCUUCAGGACAAAUGAUUUGCCAGAAGAGUUCUCAUUUGACCCAGUCAGCAAGACAUAUGGCGACCCUCAGAGAAGGCCAGAAGUGAAGUCAGCAACAAUUGAAUUUAUUGCUCCCUCAGAAUACAUGUUGAGACCACCCCAGCCUGCAGUCUACCUGUUUUUGUUGGAUGUAUCUUUCAAUGCAGUGGAAACAGGAUACUUGCAGCAUUUCUGUCGUGUUCUGAUGGAGGAGUUGGACAGGUUACCUGGCGACGCCCGGACAUCUGUUGGAUUUUUAUGUUACGACAAAUCUCUGUAUUAUUUCAACCUGGCAGACAAUUUGUCCCGGCCACAAAUGUUGUGUGUUCCAGAAUUAGAAGACCCAUUUUUGCCGAGCCCAGACAGUCUGCUAGUGAAUCUGCAUGAGAGCAAGGAACUUGUGGUGGAGCUUCUGAAGCAGCUGCCAAAGUUGUUUGAAGGGAACUUUGAGACUGGUAGUGCUCUAGGAGCAGCCCUGCAGUCUGGUCUCAAGCUUAUGAGUCUUACAGGUGGAAGGAUGACAGUCAUGCAGACUUGCUUACCUACUAUUGGGCCAGGAGCUCUUCAAAACAGAGAUACUGGAAACACCUCAGGAAAGAAUGUAGCUAACAUUGGUCCUGCUACUGACUUCUACAAGAAACUGGCCCUGGAUUACUCUAAACAUCAGAUAGCAGUAGAUCUUUUCAUGUUGAAUGGACAGUAUGCAGACAUAGCCACAUUAUCUUGCAUUUCUAAGUACACUGCUGGAUGUGUCUAUUACUACCCUUCAUUUCACACACUGAAGAAUCCAGGAUUGGCGGAGAAGUUCAGUACAGAUCUUCGCAGAUACCUGACCAGGAAGAUUGGCUUUGAAUCUGUGAUGAGAAUUCGGUGCACAAGAGGGUUGAGCAUCCACACAUUCCAUGGAAACUUCUUUGUGAGGUCUACUGACCUGCUGUCGCUGCCCAACAUCAACCCUGAUGCCGGGUUUGGCAUGCAGAUUUCUAUUGAAGACAACCUCGACCAUGUCAGCUUCUUCUCAUGUCUAUUGUGUGAGCGCAGGAUAAGGGUGCACACAUUGUGUUUACCUGUGACGGAACAGCUGAGUGAGAUCUUCGUCUCAGCUGACCAGCUCGCUGUGGCUGCUUUGCUAGCAAAAAUGGGUAUCGAUGCUCGUGAGUCGAUGAUUAAUGCAACCGUAGAUGCCCUUUCAGCAUACGCUCAACAGAUUCCAGCAGCACAGCGAGUGGGUGCACUAGUGGCUCCAUUUUCACUUCGACUGAUGCCGAUGUUAAUGUUGGCAGUGUUGAAAAAUCUUGCUUUCAGCCAAGCAGGCAAUACAAAAGUAGACGAUCGAGUGUUUGCUUUGCAGCAAUGUAAAGUGUUACCUGUAGGGUAUCUCAUUCAGAAACUGCUGCCACACCUUUACCCGCUGCAUCAGCUGAGCAGUGAAAAACCACUAAAAUAUGGAAAAGAAGUGAUCCCAAGUGCUCCAUUACUACCACUAUCAUCUGCUAGUCUUAGCCAUGCUGGACUCUUUCUUCUGGACACAGGAGAGAGCAUGUACUUGCUAGUCGGAGGUGAAAUUGAAAAUCAGACGUGCCAGGAUGUCUUCGGCAAACCUGAUUUCUUGUCGAUACUUGAUGGCAUGGAAAGUCUGCCAGAGCUGGACAACCCGACCUCCAGGAAUAUACGAAGCUUUAUCAGCUACCUCAAGGAUGCCAGACCUCAUGGAGUUACUUUCUCCGUUAUCAGAGAUUUCAGUGGUGCUAACAGAUUCUCGUUUUUCCAACAUCUGCAUGAGAACAAGACAGAAACCAGCAUGUCGUAUUACGAAUUUCUUCAGUUCUUACAAGGCAAAGCUAAAGGAUGA